AGGAAACAGUCGCUCUCCUUCCAAUGACCAACCCUAAGAGAUUUCGUAGAUAACAUGGAUUGAAUCCCUUCUCCUUGGCAAACUGACGGCUUGGAUAACGCCAUCCUGAUUUGAUAGCUCACCACUCAUGGGGAAAGAACAUAUCCUUUCCUAUUGCGUUCGUUGCGUGAAAGAUGGGGAUCGUUGGGCACUAUAAUGGGAUUGUUCCCCCGACUAAGAAGGAAUUUCUUGGUUGUAACCUUGACCUCGCAUAUUCUGUUUGUUUCGGUUCUGAAUCUUGUCAUCCGCUCAUAGCCGUCGUCGUGCAUGACAACUCGACACGAUGGUGGGAUUUCUCCAGAAAAUCGGGCGGUGGUUAGCUCCACCCCCAGCCAAGUCAGCAGAUGGACGCGACCAGUGGCCGUCUCGAGCGGCUUUCCUACUCGCCGCUAUGGGAGGAUGCGCCGGUCAAGGGAAUCUAAUCCGAUAUCCAUCAGUGGUCUAUAACAAUUAUGGGCUACAGUGGUUCAUCCCAUACUUGGCGGCUGUCUUUUUCGUGGCCAUCCCGGCUCUCGUUUUAGAGAUUGCCAUUGGGCAGGCGUAUCGUGGUGGUACAGUCAUUGCCUUUAACAACAUUAACCGGCGGUUGAAGGGUGUGGGACUCAGCUCGGUGUUGGUGAGCUUCGUUGUCUGCGGAUACUUCGUUACGAAUCUCUCAUGGAUUAUGCAUUAUUUCCGCAGUUCCUUUCAGAGCCCUUUACCAUGGGAAGGCAGAAUCAACGAAUUCUACAACGAUGAUGUUAUAGCUAAUCCCGACCCUAUCAUGGGUAGUCUCACAGAGGGGAACGCUGCGGUAGCUUCCUAUACGUCAUAUCCCAGUAUUGGCCUUGUAGUAUGUGAACCUUUAAUCCAGAAAGAUGACCACCAUGAUCUGUCCGUGGGGUGGAGUGCAUUUAUAUGGUUUCUGAUAUGGUUUUCGAUAUUCCGUGGUGUUGGGAUGACUGGACGCGUCGUUUAUUUCACUAUGGGAGUACCUAUUAUCACUACACUCAUCAUCGUCGGCCGAGCCACAUCCCUUGAAAAUGCCGGCGCAGGAAUAAGGCUUGUCUGGGCCACUUGGAGAGGUGACCAGUUGAAAUCGGGCACAGUCUGGCAAACAGCAGUCGGUCAGGUUUUUUUCUCGACGGGCAUCGGCUUCGGGUACUUCACAUCCUACGCCUCUUACAACGCAAAACACUCCAACGCCGUUAUGGACGCGAUCCUCAUUUGCUUUAGCAACGUCGUAUUCGAGAAUGUCGCUGCUUUUGCCGUCUUUGGCAUUGUUGGCUUUCUUCGACUAUGGCCUCAGGAUGGUGUUAGGCUGGGUGCUUUCGUAGUCGGCUUUUUGACUCUUCCUGAGGCUGUGCUCCAUCUUCCCGGCGCCAAUUUUUGGGCAGUGUUGCUUUUUCUGACUCUCAUCGUCCUUGGUUUCAGCUCGGCUUUCGUUCUAAUUGACGCCGCAGCAACGUUAAUCAUGGACUCAGGUCUGAAGAUCUCACGGGCCGUCGUUGUCACCGGAUUGACUCUAUUAUCAUUCCUUCUGUGCUUACCCUAUUGCACCCAGUUUGGUUAUUACCUCUUAGACGGCGUGGAUAGAUGGGUCAACAAUAUCCUAUUGAUCUUCGUCGUCUGGGCCGAGGUUGUCAGUGCAACAUCUGUCUAUCGAUGGUCAGACGUCGUGAGUCAGACUGGGGUCCCGGCUUUCGCCACUUACAACGUUGGUUACUUGGGAGCUCAGAUUAUAGGCGUUUCAGUUGCUCAUGGCCUUGGAAACCCGGGGGCCGGCGCUGGCGCCGGAUUUGGUUUCUACAUUGUCAUCUCGCUUGUUGCUAUUUUCCUAUCGAACGCGCCGGACGUAAAUGCGCCUUCAUUCUGGAAUUCCAAUAGCUACCUUGCUCGGUUCUGGUACUUGGCAUUCUACUCAGGCAACCAACUGAGGCGAGAUCUGAAUGUCGUGGUGGGCGUUGGCAAGAAUUGGACUAUUCCCAGCUUUCUGCCCGUACUGCUCCGCUACGUCAGUGGACCUACAUUGGCUAUCAUCCUUAGCUUUGCGUACCCUGAGUUUUACAAGCUCCGCUACGAUCCCUUGAUGAUCACAGGUUUUACCCUGACGCACAUUCUACUUGCCGCGACGCUGCUCGGCUUCAUCAUACCGAGGUACUACGACAUCUUCAUCCCUCCGAGUAGACUAGGCGAAGGGACGGAAGUGACAGUGGUGGGCCAGUCGAAGCUUGAUGUGCCCGAGAUUGAGGCAGGCCACGAAGACAGUAUCGGGGAUGCUGGGUCAGUCCCUAGCGAGGAAAAGACGGGACGAACUUGGACAAAGUUGUGGCGAACCAAGUCCUAA